AAUUACUCUUUUUAAAAACCCUAAUUUUGACACCCGUAGUUCACAUAAACCCUGAGCUCGCCCACCACCAAAGAGCCUCGACGAGGACAACAUUGAUCCGGACCAAGAUGGGAAGUUCGGUCUGCGACGAGUGCAAGCUAAAUCCUUGGAAGUACAAGUGUCCCGGAUGUUCGAUUCGAUCGUGUGGCCUCUCUUGUGUGAAAGCCCACAAGCAGCGAACAGGUUGUACCGGAAAAAGGAAGCUCACCGACUUCGUCCCCCUCUCACAAUUCGACGAUAAUCUCCUUCUUUCUGACUACAAUAUGCUUGAAGAAACAAAAAGAGUGGCGGAGGCUGCUCAGAGAAUGAGAAAUAAGUUAUGCACAUACCCUUUUUAUAAGUUACCCUAUCAUCUUCGGAGUCUUCGAACUGCUGCUGCUAGCCGCCGAACAAAGCUAUGGUUUGCCCCUAGUGGAAUGUUGAAGAGCGAAAAGAAUCAGAGUCGAUACGAUAAUAAGAGGAGAUGCAUCUCGUGGACAAUUGAGUGGCGGUUUCACUCUACGGAUGUGAUUCUUGUUGACCACGGAGUUGGUGAAGAUACAAAUCUAUGCUCGGUGAUAGAGAAUCAUCUCAAGCCUGGACCGUGGAUUCACAAGCUCAAGCCUUUCUGUGAUGUGGAUCUUGACUCUCUCAAACUUUUUAUACGCCAAUACCCAAAGGGUGCAAAGGCUCCUUUCAAGGAGCUGAACAUCAAAGCUCCCUUGAGGCAACAGCUUGCCAAAAUAGUUAUAUUAGAGUACCCAGUGAUCCAUGUAUAUCUACCUUCACAGAGCUAUGACUUUGAAGUUAUCAAAGACUUCUACCAUACAAACACGACACCUAAUCCUGUUGAUUCCUUAUAUGAUGGUCAUGGAAGCACAAAUGGUAUAACCUUCCGAGAAGAAGAAAUAGAAGAAGACGACAUUGACUCCUUUGAGCCAAAGGUUCUUGAUCUUCUGAAACAAAUGAACUAUAACCCCUGUCAGCAAGCCUCGGAGGAAAGCAAGGCUGCGGGAGGGGUCUCCGACAAUCCGCAUCCUCAGGUUGAUCCCACAGAACAAGGGGAUGCUGGUAACAUGGAGCUUGAGUUUGAGCAAGAGUUAAUAGACACAUACUCGGAUCUUUUUGCGGAAAUGAACCCAGGUGAUUAUUUCAACUUUGAAUGUGAAUUUGCAAAGGGAUUGGAUUCAGAUGAUAAUUGCAAUCUCCAAACUUUAGCUACUGAUUUCAACAUUGAUGGACUAGAAGAAGGGGAAAUCAUAGAAUGAUGAUUGUCAGUUGCUCUGUACCGGCAAAAAGAAAUUACUUCCGGUGAAAUCUGGCCGCCCUGGAUUAUGUUCACGCCUGUAGCUACCGUUUUCAAGUACAUUAGCUAUUCUCGGUGUCAUCCAAAGCUUCUACUGGAAUGCAAUAGCCAAUCCAUUCGAUUGCAGAAUCAAUGCUCAUAAGUUUGGAAUCGAUGCUCAUUAGUUUUUACUUUGGGCUUUCAAUGUUUAUGUAGUUUCUAGAUUACUUGGCUGUUUUGGGUGUGUAGCAAAAUUGAAUGUUUAAAUACAAGAUUACUGAAAUGAAGAGAUCCCAAACUGUUGUUCAGUCUUA